AUGGCUGCUCUCUCCGAUACGUUGAUCGUCCUGAUCGUCAUAAUAGCAGCUGCGGCUUCGGUUGUCGUGGGUUUCGCAACCCAAAGAUUGUUCGGCAAAGCAGAUCCCGCAGCCGAUAAUUUCAACCAGAAGAAACCAGAGCAAAUGGCAUAUAUGAGGGAGGUGCGCGAAAGGAACAUGAUGGAGACGUUCGGAGACAGGAGGCCGCUGUAUCGGCAGGGACAUGAGAUAUGA